AUGGUUGCUGAGACGAAGCUCUACGACUCGCUAGGCAUAUCUCCUUCUGCCUCGCAGGAUGAGAUCAAGAAGGCAUACAAGAAAGCAGCAUUGAAAUGGCAUCCAGACAAGAAUCCAGACAACCCUUCGGCAGCUGAAAAGUUCAAAGAUGUCUCCCAGGCAUACGAAGUGCUUUCAGACCCCGAGAAACGCAAAGUCUACGAUCAAUAUGGAUUGGAAUUCCUCCUUCGUGGCGGAAACGCAGAACCCCCACCAGGUGCAGGAGGAGCUGAGGGCAUGCCAUUCGGUGCUGGUGGAAUGCCUGGAGGCUUCCAAGGGUUCGGAGGCAUGCCAGGUGGAGGGACUCGAACAUUUCACUUCUCAACUGGAGGCGGACCAGGCGGAUUCUCGUUCAGCUCGCCAGACGAUAUCUUCUCUAGCUUCGCUCGAUCCGGUGGCGCUGGUGAUGACGAUCUCUUCUCCUUCCUGAGCGGAGGUGGUGGCCGUGGCUUUGGAGGAGGAGGUGGUGGUGGUUCGCGAUAUAGACGAGAAGCACGGCGGCCUCCAACGCCUGAAGUUACGACUGUUGAAAGGCAGCUUCCCCUCUCGCUGGAGGAGUUGUUCCACGGUGUGCACAAGAAGAUGAAGAUUAAGCGGAAGACCUUCGAUGAACGGACAGGAAAGAGAAGCAUGGAAGAUAAAAUCCUGGAGUUUGACAUCAAGCGAGGCCUCAAGGCUGGCAGCAAGAUCAAGUUCAAGGGGGUUGGCGAUCAGGAAGAGGGCGGAACCCAAGAUCUACAUUUCAUCGUCGCCGAGAAAGAACACCCACACUUGAAGCGUGUCGGCGAUGACCUGAUAACGACCAUCGAAAUAAGCCUCAAGGAGGCGCUGACUGGCUGGUCUCGCACAGUUAACACUAUCGACGGAAGACAGCUGCGUGUCAGUGGAGCCGGACCAACACCACCUGGAUUUGAAGAAAAAUUCCCAGCACAAGGCAUGCCAAAGCCGAAACAACCGACUCUCCGAGGUGACUUUAUCGUCAAAGUGGACGUCAAAUUCCCGACCUCCUUGACACAGGCUCAGAAGACGAAACUCGCACAGACUCUCUGA